UCAGACGGUCGCAGCCGCGUUUGCGCAGUGGAAGUUGGUUACUGCUGCGGCCGCCUGGAAUUGUGGGGGUUGUGUCUGCCCCCUCGGCUGCCGGAAGCCGAAGGCCAGUUAUUUCUUGCUUUUCGAUAGAGGCCAACUUUGAACCCUGGUGUGUUUCACUGGUGGAAAAAGAGGCUAAUGAAGUAAAAAUGAAAAGUCUCUAACUGUGGCUCCCCAGAGCCUGUCUCCAUUUAAGAUGGCUCCUCUGGGCAUGCUGCUUGGGCUGCUGAUGACCUCCUGCUUCACUUUUUGCCUCUGUCAUCAGAACCUGAAGGAGUUUGCGCUGACCAACCCAGAGAAGAGCAGUACCAAAGAAACAGAGGGAAAAGAAACCAAAGCAGAGGAAGAGCUGGACACUGAGAUCCUGGAGGUGUUUCACCCGACCCAUGAGUGGCAGGCCCUUCAGCCAGGUCAGGCUGUCCCUGCAGGAUCUCACGUGCGGCUCAAUCUUCAGACUGGGGCAAGAGAGGCGAAACUCCAUUAUGAAGACAAGUUCCAGAAUAAUUUGAAAGGGCUGAAAAAAGGCAAAAGGCUGGAUGUCAAUACCAACACUUACACAUCUCAGGACCUCAAGAGUGCACUGGCAAAAUUCAAAGAGGGAGCCAAGAUGGAGAGUUCAAAGGAAGACAAGGAAAGGCAGGCCAAGGUACAGCGGCUCUUCCGCCCCAUUGAGGAGCUGAAGAAGGACUUUGAGGAGUUGAAUGUUGUCAUUGAGACUGACAUGCAGAUCAUGGUACGACUCAUCAACAGGUUCAACAGUUCCAGCUCUAGCUUGGAAGAGAAGAUUGCUGCCCUCUUUGAUCUCGAAUAUUAUGUUCAUCAGAUGGACAAUGCGCAGGACCUGCUUUCCUUUGGUGGUCUUCAAGUGGUGAUCAAUGGGUUGAACAGCACAGAGCCCCUGGUGAAGGAGUAUGCUGCAUUUGUGUUGGGAGCUGCCUUUUCCAGGUGAAC